AUUUUUUUUGACCAAGGCUCCCCUGGCUGGAUGUCUGGAUCAGUGAAAAGCAGUGAUUUACCUUCUGCUGUGGCCAGUCAGAUUCAUGAAAGACACAAUUAUCAGAGAGAGGACACUCAGCGUUCCUUUGGUCAUAGUGGGCCACCUUCAUUCCUGAAAUACUGUCAGCCACCUUUUCCUGCAGGCCCUCAGACUCAAGCUCAAACUUAUCAGACAAGUCACCCUCAGAGCUCCUCUGGUCAUGGCAGGCCACCUUCAUUAGUGGAACACAAGCAGUUGCCUUUUCCUGCAGUCCCUCAGACUCCAGCUCAAACGUAUCAGACAAGUCACCCUCAGAGCUCCUCUCAUCAUGACAGGCCACCUUCAUUACUGGAACACAAGACAGGCUCUCAGACUCCAGUUAAAAAGUAUAAGACAAGUCACCCUCAGAGUUCCUCUGGCUGCUGGGCUUCAUCAAUGGAAUACAGUAGGUUUCCUUGUACCCUGGCUGGUCAGACUCAUGGAGGACCAAGUUAUCAGAUAUGGCACUAUGAAACAGAGGCUGCAGUUGGAUGCAGGAACAGAUUGAUGAAUUUAAUUAGUUCUUUUUCUCUUUUUCAUAGCUUGGGGAAAACCUGGAAGUCAUGAAAUUUAUUCCACAGGUCAGUGUGGAGAUUCUGCAGAGCCUGCAGUGAGACAGAUCACAAGUGAAUCUUCACUUCCCCCAGGUGAGCAUGUAACAACAACACUAGCCUAAGGAUGUG